AUGGGCAGUGAUUCUAGUAACGGCGCGCUUGCGUUCGCCCUUAUAUAUUUUACGUUCUUUUUAGACAACGUACUUCUUACUGUACUAGUGCCGAUAAUCCCGGACUGGGUCCGCGGGGAAUCCCUGGAGCUGUGGACCAAGCACCAGGCGCCUCUCGCCGUCCUCCUGAACAGCACCGUGCACCAGAGACGAGAUGAGGAUACAUCGGUAGGAGGAUCCCAAGCUAUCGUCGGUCUGGUCCUCGGCGCCAAAGCGGCUGCUCAACUAAUGACGGCGCCGCUGGCCGGCGCUGCGGUCUGCAAGCACGGGCCUGCCAGGGUGCUGGAGCUGGCUACCGCUGCGUUGGCUGCUGCCGCCACGGUUUUCAUGCUGUGCAGCGGCCGCACCGGCGUGUCGGGCGUGUGGUGCGCGUGCGCAGGUCGCGCGACGCACGGCGCGGCGGCGGCCAUGGCGGGCGUCGCCGGCCUUGCGCUCGCGGCGGCCGCCGUGCCCUCCGAGCAGAGGGAUAAAGCUAUUGGUGCUCUACUCGGUGCUGUCGCUCUGGGAGUGCUGGUGGGCUACCCCUUCGGUGGAGCAUCAUACGCCCUGUGGAGCCCCGGCGCUCCAUUUCUUCUCAUCUCGAUCGCAUUAUUGGCAAAUUUAGUUAUGCAAAUCAUGUUCCUGGAUAAGGAGAAAUUCAAUCAGCUGACACCACUGACUCCAGAAACAUCAGGAGUGUGCGGUUCUGCUCUCAGCAUGAUCCAAGUGUCGAGGAAGGAGUCGGUAGCGGCGUGCGUGGGCGCAGUCUUACUUACCACCAGCGUGAUGGCUUCCCUGGAGCCCUGUCUGCCUUUGUGGAUCAUGCAUGUGUUUCACCCUCAGCGUUGGCAAACCGGAGCCGUAUUCAUCCCCGACAGCCUGGGCUACUUGCUGGCUGCGAGUGGACUCGGCGGGGUGGCCAGGAAACUGGGCGCUGAAAGGGUGGCCUUGGCUGGGCAGAUCGCUGUUGGAGUGGCAGCUUUGGCUGUACCUCAUGCUACUUCUGUGUCAGGGCUGGCGCUGCCGCACUGCGUGCUGGGCGGCGGGCUGGGCGCGGCGGACGCGGCGCUGGUGCCCGCGCUGCUGGCGCGCCACACGCGCCGCGUGCCGCACCUCGCUGCGCUGCUGCAGGCCGCUUCCAGUUUGGCUUACGCUCUUGGUCCAAUAGUAGGCGGUCUGCUAUCCUGGUGCGUGGGGUUCGAGACCGCACUCCGGACCCUGGGUAUUCUCAACUUGCUGUACGCUGGCUAUCUGUACAGCGCCCUGACUGAACAUCCGCUGUCUGAGCAGUGGGGCGCCAGCACUCCUGAAGAGGACCCUGAGAGCGAAGAAGGAACUCCGCUAAGACCACAAUUAUACACGCCCUUGAAUUAA